AUGAAAGCCAUCCAGAUCAACCAGUACGUCAAGACGUACUCGGAGCUGCGCGCCCUGGAAGUGCCGGCGCCGACUCCCAAAGCGGACCAAGUCCUGGUGACCAUCACGCACAGCGCCCUGAACCACGUCGACCUGCUGUACUGCCGGGGCGCGCACCAGAACAACCACAUCGGCCUGGUCAAGCCGCCGUUCGUGCUGGGACUCGAGUUCGCGGGCGUCGUGGCGUCGGCGCCGCCGGCGUGUGGGUUCCAGGCCGGCGAUCUCGUCUGGGGUGCCUCCGUUGGUGGGUUCGCCGAGCAGAUUGCCGUGCCGCCAUCGGCGCUGCAGCAUUUGCCCAAGGGGUGGACGCUGCGCGAUGCCGCGGGCGUCGGCGCCGCCACCGUGCCCGUCAGCUACGGCGCGCUGGUGCGGACCGCGCAGGUCCAGGCCGGGCAGAUCGUGCUGGUCCACGCCGCGGCGGGCGGGCUGGGCGUGACGGCCGUGCAGAUUGCGCACGCGCUCGGCGCGAAGGUCAUCGGCACCGUGGGCAGCGAGGAGAAAGCCGCCGUCGUGCGCGGCCUCGGCGUGCUGGGUGUUGUCAGAUACGACCAGGACGGGUGGGAAAAGGAGGUGCUCAAGCUCACGGGCAACGUGGGCGUCGAUUCCGUCUACGACACCGUCGGCCUGGUCGGGAAGAGCAUCCGAUGUCUCAAGUUUGGCGGGAACAUCGUUGUGGCCGGGUUCGCGGGUUUAGGUGGGAAGAUGGAGACGCUGGCCAUGAAUCGCGUCUUGCUCAAGGGUGUCAGGCUAUUGGGAUAUAGAUUCGGCGAGACGGGGCGACGAAACCCAGGAGAGAACCAAGAGGUGUGGAGAGGACUGAAUGAGAUGCUCCAGCGCGGCCAGAUCAAGCCCGUCAUCUACGGGACAUACUCGGGCCUAGAAAGCGUGCCGGGGGCUCUGGACGACCUCGCGGCUCGAAAAGUCUGGGGGAAAGCCAUUGUCGAGAUCCAGACGCCACCAUCGCCCAAGUCACACGCCAAAUUAUGA